AGGCUGCAGAGUACAAACCUAUCUCAUAACCUUAAUCCUCUAUCUAUUUUGUUAAACAGAAAGCUCUUAUCCAAGCCUUUUGAGAUGUACAAUCCAUGGAUGGAGGAGUUGAUAUCAUUUGCUAGCAAUUACUAUGAUCUUUUGGCUGUCCUUUUGUUUUCCAUUGGAAUUUCUUUCUUGAUUCCAAAAGCAUGGAGGAAUUUCACACGUACAGGAGACGACAUCCCAGGCGGGCUCGGGUUGCCUUAUAUCGGCGAGACCCUCUCUUUUCUCCGGGCCACCAAUAGUACCAAAGGCUGCUACGAUUUUGUUAGACUACGGCGUUUAUGGCAUGGGAAUUGGUUUAAGACGCGGAUUUUUGGGAAGACCCACAUCUUUGUUCCAAGCCCAGAGGGUGCCAAAAAGAUAUUUUCCAAUGAUUUUGUGUUGUUCAACAAGGGUUAUGUGAAAUCAAUGGGUGAUGCCGUUGGGAAGAACAGCUUGCUGUGUGUUCCCCAGGAGAGCCACAAGCGGAUCCGGCGUCUCUUAUCAGAUCCAUUUUCCAUGAAUUCUCUAUCUAAGUUCGUUAGGAAAUUCGACAAAAUGGUUUUUGAGAGGCUCAGAAAAGCAGAGGAGACUGGGAAGAGUUUUCGGGUACUUGAUUUUAGCAUGAAGGUAGCGUUCGAUGCCAUGUGCGAUAUGCUGAUGAGCGUGACGGACGCCUCCCUCUUAGAAGAGAUACAGAAGCACUGCAACGACAUUUCAAACGCCAUGUUGUCUUUACCAGUCAUGAUCCCCGGAACUAGAUACUACAAGGGCAUAAAGGGGCGGGAGAAGCUCAUGAAAAUAUUUCAAGAGAUUAUUUCACAACGACGGAUGGGUGAGGACAUUUGUGAAGAUUUCCUCCAAACAAUGCUACGGAGGGAUUCAUUGCCAGAUGAAGAGAAGUUAAACAACUCCGAGAUCAUGGAUAACCUAUUGACGCUGAUAAUCGCAGGCCAAACCACAACUGCGGCGGCCAUGAUGUGGAGUGUCAAGUUCUUGGAUGAGCACAAACCUGCCCAAGAGACGUUGAGGGAAGAGCAACUGUCGAUAUUUAAGAGUAAGCCUGAAGGAGCAUCACUUACCCUAGAAGAUCUUAACACCAUGUCUUAUGGCUCAAAGGUUGUGAAAGAAACAUUAAGGAUGUCAAACGUUUUAUUAUGGUUCCCACGUGUCGUGCUCAAGGACUGCAUUAUUGAAGGUCAUGAAAUCAAGAAGGGAUGGCAUGUUAACAUCGACGCAACGCAUGUACACUAUGACCCAUCUUUAUACAAGAACCCGAUGGAAUUUAAUCCUUCGAGAUUUGAUGAAAUGCAAAGGCCAUACAGUUACAUGCCUUUCGGAUCAGGACCAAGGACAUGCUUAGGGAUUAAUAUGGCAAAGGUGACAAUGUUGGUGUUCCUGCAUAGACUGACUAGUGGCUACAAGUGGAGGGUUGAUGAUCUAGACCUUAGUCUAGAAAAGAAGGCCCAUAUUCCUAGGCUUAAAAGUGGCUGCCCUAUUACCUUGAUACCCAUACAAACCGGGGAAUCUACACAAGGCGGGAAGGAUUUUUGGGCAUAAGAGGCUUUGCUUGAAAGCCUUGAAGGAUUUGUAGAUAAUGACAAUAUGUGUGAUUUCUCCAUGCAACCUAAUGAUGAUAACGGAGAAAUGGUUUGAAAUGUUUCAGCAAGUUAUCGCUAUUAUAAUAUGAGAUUAAACGGAAUGAGGGAUAUCCACGCUUUCAUAUGAAAUCAAACUCCCAUCAACUCAAAAGAUCUAAUUCACCUCC